UUUACGAUUCUAUUUCUUAAUGUGCAGGCUUUCCCCUGGCAUAGAAGAGUUAGUCCAGAAGUUAAAGGCUAAUGGCAUUGCUGUUUAUCUUGUCUCUGGUGGCUUCCGUCAAAUGAUCAAUCCUGUUGCAUCAAUACUUGGAAUUCCAGAAAGCCAUAUUUUUGCCAAUAACCUACUUUUUAAGAGCUCUGGAGAGUUUCUGGGGUUCGAUACAAGAGAGCCUACUUCAAGGAGUGGAGGAAAAGCUGUUGCUGUCCAACAGAUCAAGAAGGCUCAUGGUUUCAAAACUUUAACCAUGGUGGGGGAUGGUGCUACUGAUAUGGAGGCUCGUCAACCAGGUGGUGCUGACUUGUUCAUUUGCUAUGCUGGUGUUCAACUUCGAGAAUCUGUUGCUGUGAAAGCUGAUUGGCUAGUUUUCAAUUUUAAAGACCUUAUAAAUUUGUUGGGGUAAUUUUUCCUUUUUCUUUUUUCUUUUUUGUUUUCAUUUGUUUUCUUCUGAGCCGGCGUGAGAAGUUUCCAAUAUGAAGAGGAUUGGGAUGUUGUCACCAUCUCACUGUUUGAAAUUUUUAGACUUUAUUUAAUGCAUAACAUAUAUUUGGCUAUGGUAUUAUUCUCUGUAGUUGCUUUUCAGCUGCAGACCUUUAGGAUUACAAUAGAGUGAGAAAUCGAAUAAAAAAACAUUUGGUGUCUUUUC